AUGACACCUCGUCCACAACUUAGCCUGAUCCCUUUCGCUCUGAGAACAUCAGGCUGCAAUGGUACUACCGACCAGGGAUCUGAUUCUGCCCCUGUACAAACAAUUGCCUUCACCGUUAUCGACUUCCGAUACAAUAAUGGUGCGUGUAGCGAAGUAGCUGUUGAGGAACUGGAUGUUAGUUCUCUCGGAUUACAGGCUGCACUGCAGAAGGUUCGUUUUAUGCAUUUAUGCAUAAAUCAUGUCGGAUUACGGCCACAGGUGUGCACAUAUGCUCGCAGAAAAUAA